AUGAGUAAUUCGACCAGUGUGACGGCAGAGUUUAUCCUGCACUGUGUGGUUGAUGUGGAACAGAGGACAUUCACCAUUUCUCUUCUCAUGCUAAUCUACUUAGUUACUCUUCUGGGAAACCUCCUGGUUAUUUUGGUCAUAGUAUUGAACUGUCAUCUCCAGAAGCCAAUGUAUUUAUAUAUCAGUACACUGGCAAUCAUUGACUUAAUAAAUACCAACACCCUGAUCCCAAAAAUGCUGGCUGUACUGUUACAAUCAGCAGUUGUUCCUUAUGGACUCUGCCUAUUCCAGAUGUUUUUGAUUUACCAUGUGGAGGUAGUAGAAAGCCUCCUCUUUGCUCUCAUGGCACUGGACCGCUAUGUUGCAAUAGUCUACCCACUGAGGUACCCAUCAAUCGUCACAAAUAAAACUGUUUGGAGUAGUAUCCUUGUUUUAAAUGGGAUCGGUGCUUUAAUCACUACACCGUACAUGAUGUUUGUCACAGAACUCCGCUUCUGCCGCACCAACGUUCUGCCUUAUUGCUUUUGUGAUUAUGCUACAAUGGUUCAUACUGCAUGCAAUGAUGACCCAAAGUAUUUAAUUACUUUAUCUUCAUUAGUAUCUGUAGUUGGUGUCUGCCCUUUCUUACUUAUUUGUUUUUCCUACUGGAAGAUUGCUCAAGCAGCCCUAAAGAUAUCUUCAGCUGAGGGCAAAAUGAAGGCCUUCAACACUCUUCUCACACACCUAAUAGUAGUUGGAGUGACAUUCAUCCCACUCUUAGCAUGCUACAUUUUACCAGGACUAGGGAUAAAUCUCUCAACAGAUGCUUACAAUGCAAUGGUCAUUGUAGCCAUUAUUGUGCCACCGAUGUUGAAUCCUGUAAUCUACAGCUUGAGGAACAAAGAGAUAAAAAAUGGUAUACAGAGACUUUUAACACAGAGAAGAACAUCUCCAGGAAAUGACAAAAAAUAA